GAACAAAUAUUUAUUUUAAAUUUGUGAUAAUCAAUUAUUCCAUCUGAUAAUGUCAUGCAACUCCAGUGCUGCACAUUUUUCAUUUUUAAAUGGUGUGUUGUUGUCUUUACUUAUAAUAAAUGCAAAGAAGACAAAAAAAAAAAGAUUUUUGGUCUCACAGUGAAUAGGUAUCCAUCACCAGUAACUGUGGAUAAUAUACAGAUUGAACAAGUGUUCUCGUAUAAAUGUGUAGGUGUCUGUGGAUGCUGUUUUAACAUGUAUUGCACAUAUUCCGUUUGCUAUGAGGUACAGCAGUGUGUUUAUUUCUUGAGUAAACUAAGGUCAUUUGGAAGAUCUUGCUGUCGUUUUAAAAAUCUUUAAUACAGAGUGCUGUUCGGUAUGGAAUCUGUGCAUGGUCUUUGUUCAAAAAAGUGUGGGCCAAACACUUGAGCUGUUUUUUAAAGAUGCAUAUGCUAAAAAGAUGAUGUCUUUACUAGGCAAACUUAUGUCUGAUCCCUCUCAUGAUUUAUUUGGCGAAUAUCAGCUUCUGCCUUCAAACAGAAGACUUACAGUAUAGCAUGCUCCAUUGAAGAGACUACGGAAAUCUUUUGUUCAUCAGUCCGUCAAGGUGGGGAGGAAAGAUAUGGUUUCCAGAAAUGUAUACCCACAGGAGAUGAAUGGUGAAUCACCUAUAGAUUCAGAGCAGGAUUUGGACAGCUCUUCAGGAUCUGACUGGAUGAGUGAAAUGGAAAAAAGUAAAGAAAAACAAGAAGGAAAUAAAAAGGUUAGGGAACAAGAUGAUAAGGAGAAAGAAACAUAUUCCAACAAGAAGAAAAAAGCCGGUAAAAGCAGUCCAGACCUGGAAGAAAUCUUUCAGGAGGCCAGAAAUAAGACAAAACUAACUGUCCGUUGUGGAAAAAUGACCGGUCUUCUGUACAGAAAAAAGUAUGAGAAUGGAGAGAAGUGUAUUUCAUGUAAAGGGCACUGGUUUACGCCAAGACAGUUUGAGAAGUUUGGAGGAAAGGGGAAUAACAAGAAGUGGAAGUGUAGCAUCUAUUACAAGUCAUCAAACAGUCUUCAACAAAUGCAAUUAGAGAGACUCAUACUGAAUAGGUGUCUGUCACAAUUUGGAUAUCUGAGGAUGUCAUCUAGACAGGUGACGCAGACAGAAAGAUGUGGUGCAGACUCAUCACCUCAACAAAAUGUGACAAGGAAGACACCUAACCAUAAAAAACAUUUUACUGGCAGUAAGGAAAACAAUCACAAAAAUAAUAAUGAAAUACCUGUGUGUGGAAAUGAAGAGGACACAGUGUCUAAGGGAACAGUUCAGCUGGGCAGUUCAUCAGAUGAGGACAUAUCUGUUGCUGAAAGAGUCAAACUGAAUAGGAGGGAACCUCUGAAUUUAACUGAACCUGUCAGUAAAAACAUCACAGACCUGCUAGGAUCUACUGGAAAUGACAGAGAUUCACCUGCUCAUCCCACUGCUGCUACAGAUCCUGCAGUAUCUCCUGUCGUAGAGGAGGCCAAUCAGACCACAGAUGAAGCAGUGGGUGAAGAAGACCAGCUGAAUUUAAGUGAUUCUCCUGCUGAAUGGCAGAACCCUGUUGCUUCUGAAGAGACUGAGAAUACAGGCCUGAUGCAGUUAUUUCAAUUUCUGGCAAAUCAGUUUAAUACCAUUAACAACACCCUACAAUCAAUUGAUUUGUCUUUAAAGAAGCUGGUGGAAAAGCAGUCACAAGACACACUGCCUCAAUAUAUCAGUCUAGCACCUGCUGUUAUUGAAAAUCUCCAGAUUCACUCCUCAGUCAAGGAGGAACAAAUCACUUAAUUCGUAAUGACAUGACUAAAAACAUGAGAGAUAAAACUAAGGUCUGAGACUGAAUAAAAAUAGGGUCAAUACUGAUAAGAGGAAGAAGUAGAAUGUGGUCUAAGAUGUUAUGUUUUAAAAAAAAUGCAUGUAAGGUAUAUCUACAUUAACAAUACAUAUAAUAGGUUCUAUUUAAUGUGUAAAAGCCCAGAAAAUAAAUGGCAUAUCACUUAAUAAUUUACAGUUACACAAACAAAAUACAACAUAAAAAUAGAGCAGUUUAAAUUGUUUCAGUUUAAAUUUCAGUUUCAUUUCUGUGGCAGUGUGUAUCUUUAGUGUCUGUUGUUCUGUCACCCUUCCUUACAACUUUUCUAGUUUUCUGUUUACCACCUCAUUUAAGUAAUUCAAAUUCAAUAAAGUGACAAACAGCAUUCCCAAAUUAAAUUCGGAAGGAUGUGGAAGUAUGUGUUUCUCUUCAUUUUUACUUUUUGUACGUGAUCAAGUUGAAUAGUCUCUCAACGCUUUAGGGAAGCGCACCUGCUGCAAGGUGUGGUUAGGUGGAUCAAAGGAAAGGAGAUUACGUCAUGUUUACUGUAUGUAUCUGUGCGUAAGAGAGAGAAAGGAAGCAAGGAAAACACAGAAAAUCGUGAACACAGCCAGAAGCAAGAACUGUUACACCAACAAACGCUAUGGAUUUGGGAUUUUUUACAGAUGAAAUGUUGUUUAAUUUUUUCUGCCAAAACAAGACAAAGAUCUCUACAAUAGAAAAGCCACUAACGUUUCUUCGCCUUCUCAAGGACAAUAGCCUCAUUACAAAAGAACAUUUUCAAAAGCUGGAAAACAGUGCUGAUGAUGAUAGUUUAUAUCGUAUGUUGGAAUUUAUUGAAACUGGUGGAAAGAAAAAGGUUAGAAAGUUCUGGCAAUGCAUAGUCCAGGAUCAUAUUUUACAGCGUUACCCCCAACUCUCGGAAAUCACUAAAACUUUGAAGAAUGUUCUUCCAAAGCCUGGGGAGUCAAACAAAAUAAGAGAGAGUUCUGAGGAUUGCAACACAGAGGGGAAAAGAGAGAUUAAAAGGAUGAGGACAGAGAGCACUUCUUUAAAUAACCAGGCUGGUCCAUCAUCACAAAACACUAACAGCCAAAUGAAGACAUCUGAACAUGUGGUGAGAGAUUCUCCAGCUCCUCAGAGCCAUUCUUUGGGAAAGAACAAUGAGACCAAAGUGAAAUCAACUGAACAAGAUGUUGUAAAAAAAAAAGAAAGGUUAAAAAAGCAGAGAACAACUCUGUGAAUAACCACACUGACCCAUCAUCAAAAAUCACUAACAGCCAGAAGAAGACAUCUGAACAUGUGGAGAAAGAGGACAAGCAGGAGAUUUGGAAGUGGCCUAUUUAUAAAAAUCACAUACCUGUAACUUGUGGGAAUAAAGAAGGCAUUCUAUUUCGGGACAAACUGUCCAGAGGGGAAGAGUGCAUUUUGUUCCACAGACACUGGUUCACCCCAACUGAUUUUGAAAAGUUUGCGGGGAAGGAAAAGUCAAAAAACUGGAAAUUCAGCAUUUACUGCGGAAACACACCACUUAAGAAACUCAUAAAGGAGGGGCACCUUCAG